GCGUGAAGGUUGUUUAUGUGAAGGUUGUCAUCCAAUAAUGUUAGUCAAAUGGGUUUGCGUGUCCUUCCUAAUCCUAAUAGUUCGGGACGUUACUGGGAACCACAAUAUCGAUGUAUCCAAAUAUGACAUGGUGUACUAUGACCCGAACACACAAUUGGGAUUAAAGGGCAAAUUGGAAAAUGGUCGCGACCCUUUGCCUGGGGUUGCUUUCCAUGGCGUAAAAUGCAACUGCGAGAACGUCACGUGCAGUUGUUGUACUGGCAUCAAUAUAACCACCUUUAAUUUUGAUCGUCACGCUUGUACCAACUUCACCUAUAUCCCUGAAGAGUUUGCCAUCAUCAAAUUUAUAAUAAACGAGCAGGUACUUCUUAGCACGGGUGCUAUAUCUGCUAAAAAUCCGCCACCACUGUGUUUGCCUUUCUAUCUUCCCUUCAUAUCCUUCUGCGUGCGCUUCUUCGACAUCUACACGUCUGGAAGAAAUCUGCACGCGUGUAUUGAUUUCGAGACUCUUGUGGUGAGGUGGCCGAUCCUAAUCUUGCAUUUCGAUUGCGUGAAAAUUGGCGCGGACGGGGUCUUUUGGAUGAAGCCCGAAGAUACUGACAUUGAGCUUCAAGCGGUGAAACCGGCGGAAAUGGCAGGACCGGAAGUAUAUGACGAGGUGAACUUUGAGUCGGAUCCCACCGAGCUACCAAGCAAUCAGAAUUCGAGUUUGACACCCGAACAGGAAGAUAAUAUCGGCCAAUUGAAGCUAUGAUA